GGCAAAUUUUCAGAACCAGUCGAUAUCGCUAAAGGGCAUAAACCUGCUGAUAAACUGAUGCCUAAACCCAGAUCAAGAUCGAAGCCAAUAGAUACAUUGAAUAUGAAGUUACAGAGCGUUUGCGAAAAAUCUAUGGAGCAGAAAUCAGUGUUGGCUACUGGAGAAAGGAGAAGUCGGAAUAUUGAAGCUCUUGCAAAACCAAAAUCAAUGAAGGUAAAUGGGAAACCUCCUCUAGCUUCUUCAACUUAUAAAAAUGUACCUCUUCGAGAAGAGUCUAGCUCAAACAGUCAAUCCUCUACAGAAAUGAUUAAGCAAAUGUGGAAUUAUAAUCUACCAAACAAUGAAGAGUCAGAGUCUGACAGUAAUGAGCACAUGAAAAUACAAUAUCAGUAUCAUUCUCAGAACCUCCCAAAGAUCAAUCAACAAAAUGAGAGGAUCUUCGAUACAGGAUGGGGGAGGAGAAACCUCACUCCUGCUUAUAGGCACUACAAUCAUCUGAGUAACUCAGAAACAAAAGUUAAACAUAAGAAGGUCUAUCUUUCCACAUGUCAGAGGGCAGAGAUCACUCAGAUAGAUAAUUUCCCUGUAGAGGAAAACAAUGACUUUUUAAACGGCCAUUAUGCAGAUUAUGACUCUAAAGAGCCCAAAACUGAGACUAAGACUAUUCAAAAGCUAGACUCUGACAAUUCAGAUGAUGAGGAGCCCACGCCUGAGUUUUUCAGCAAGAAUGGAACCAAAGUUUACCUAGAUCGAAGGGUCUACGGAGACAAUGCCAUGCACAAAAAGAAGACUGCAAAGCAGGACUUCAAAGAGGAGGUGAACAACAAGGCUAAGAAAUUUAGAAUGGCUCUAAAAUAAAGCCCAGGAAUACAAAAGUGCUAAAGUUCCCAAGCCAUCCUUGGUACAGAAAUUACUUGUAGAGAAAAUGAAGAAAAAGAAACGUCUAGAUCUUCUUUCUGAAAUGAACAAGCCUGUUGAGAUCAAAGAAAGUGUGGGCAAAAUGGAUGAAAUUGAAUAUGCCAUGUAUAUCAACAACAGAAACGCCAAGAAAAGGAAGAAGAUCAAUUAUGAACGCGACAGGGCUAAGAACAGAGAGAUGGAAAGACUGCCUAUAAAACGUGAAGAAGCAAAAGAAAUUAAAUAAAAAUGCAGGCAAAAUCAGUUGUGUCGCGACUGAGAAAAGGCUAUGGACCGGCCAAAAUGGGCUUUUUGAGAAGAAAGCAAUUAAGGAUUAUUUCACUCAUGUUGACCAUCACAAUUUCAACAGAGUAUGACACUCCUCACUGUAUAGCAACUGAAGCAGAGGUAUAAGAAAGAAUACAGAGGAAUCAAUAAGGAUAUCAGAUACAAAAAUAUUAAGGAGAAGAAGGCAGAUGUCUUUGUGCUUUAUGAUAAGAAGCUGGAUGAAUUCAACACUAAGAGUUAUAAAUCUUUGGAAGAAAAGAGAAAGAAGAUAGCAAAAGAUCGAAAGAAAAUCAAAUAGACAUCUUA